AUGACCAGUCUGACGGUUCCCCAAGAUCUUGGGGAGAUUACCCCCGCCUGGUUGACCACGGCGCUGCAUGGCAAAGCGGCCUCAAGCCGCGCCGUCGUGACUGGUUACUCGGCUGAACCCAUCGCCGAGGGGAAGGGGUUUAUGAACCAGGUGGUUCGACUGAGACUCCAUUACGACGAUGAUCCGCUGGACCUCCCUCGCACCAUAAUUGCCAAGCUCCCCUCCGCAGACCCGGCAUUGAGGAUGUUCUCCAACCGGCUGGGACAGGACCGGCGCGAGGUCAGGUUUUAUCAGGAAGUGGCGGCCGACGCCCACCGCAAACCCCGCACAGUUACUACUGUGGAAUAGACUCGGCAACCGGCAACACCAUUCUGCUGCUGGAGGAUUUGAAC